AUGUCAUUUGAAAAUACCUCAGUCACAAAAGCGCUCAUUGCCGGGUCUGCCCUCACGUCUAUUCUCGCGGGGAUGUUUGAUGUGAAGCACUAUUUUCAUAUUCAAUUCGUCCCUCACAUCUCACGGCACCACCAGUACUGGCGUUUGUUCGUGCAUCAUCUCGCCUUUUCAAACUCUAGUGAUCUUUUUCUUGGUGUUGUUAUCCUCUAUAAUGUGGGGGUGCAAAUAGAGCGUCAGUUUGGAAGUGUCAAAUUCGCGUCCUUUGCGUUGGUGUCGAUCAUGGUUUCGACUCUACUUGAACUGGUUUCUCUAAUGUUGUUUCACCGCGUUGGCCUCAACUUCAUGUCACUUGGUCCCUCAGCCUUGAUAUUCAGCAUCCUUUACCAGUAUUCCAGGAUUGUUCCACCUGUCUAUAACUAUCGCAUCUUUGGGAUACCGCUAAGCAACAAAAGUUUGAAUUAUGUACUUGCACUUCAAAUGGCAAUUAGCCGCCUGCCGGGCUCAGCAGCUGUGGCCAUCAUUGGAAUACUCACUGGCCAACUCUACCGCUCCGACUUGGCGGGUUUCAAAUCGUAUCGCAUCCCCCCUUACGUUGUGCGGUUUUCAACGAACUACCUCCUACCUUUGAUUGGAUCUCUUCGGGCUCCUCGUCGGUCUAACCGCGCGCUUCCAGAUGGUGCCACCACCCUCGAAGUGCCAUUUCAAAACGAGGAGGUCAUCACGACGGCACGAACUCCUGCGGCGUCACCGUCGGGAACUCGCAACAUCACUAGUCCUGAUAACGCUGCGUCGAAUCCAACAGUGAUGCAAGAAUGGGUGGACACUCUGACGGGUAGGGGAGAGCGUGCCAACGCAGGCAUCCGAGCGCCUUCAGAGGCUGAGAUUGUUCAAGUAACAAGCAUGUUUCCGGAUAUUGACCGAGCAGUUGUAAUUGGCGCGUUACAACGCAGGUGA